CGGACAAAUAUUGUGAGCGGUUCAAUCGUUACCCAUUUUGCAAUGGACUCGGAAAGCACCAAUGAAGCAAACCCGCUCUUCGAUACACACGAUGACUCCCCCAUUCCCAUUGACCAAUCACAUACUUCCACGGCUCACUUACCCUCUACUCUCCGCCGCCGAUCCUUCUCUUCUGCUGGUGUCUCCUCCAAGGAACUCGGAGAUUCCCUUCCAGAAAUAUCCGCCAUCGACGACCCGUCGAAAAUCGGUUCUGGAGACCCAAGCUCUAAUCUUUACCACGAUUUGGAACCAAAUGAAGAGACGUCCGAGAUAGCUGAGUCGAUUCCCGAUGGACGACUCAACUCUACCCAUGUCAUAGUAGAGAAAAACGAUGACGAAUCAACGCUCACCACCGCGGGAAACGAUGGAUUGAUUGACCGUGACCCAAGCCCGGUUGAAAGCAACAACGAAGUGAACCAGCUCUUCGACGAUGACAACCCCAUUGUCAUCGACCAAUCAGAUCCUUCCACGGCUCUGUUACCUUAUACCCUCCGCCGUCGGACCUUCUCUCGUGCUGAUGUCUCCUCCAAGAAACUCGGAGAUUCCCUUCCAGAAACUUCCACCAUGGACGACCCCUCGAAAACCGGUUCUAGAGACCCAAGCUCUAAUCUUUAUCACGAUUGGAAACCAAAUGAAGAGACGUCCGAGAUCACUGAGUCGAUUCCGGAUGGACUCAAUUCUACCCACGUCAUAGCAGAGAAAAGCGAGGACGAAUCGACUCUCACCAGCGCGAGAAACGAUGGAUUGGUUGAUCGAGACCCAAGCUCGGCUGCUGACUCGGGGACAGAACUAAGUGAGUCCCUACAUUCUUCCUCGAGUUUGCUAUUGUUUAUAGCUGGUUUAGUGACUAACGCAAUCGGGUUUCAGUUAAGUUUGCUAUUAUGCUUCAUUACAAUACCGCUAUCGGUGUUGGGCUGCUGCGACAAGGUUAUCGUUGAUCCUAUUCAAGCUCUGAGGAAAAGCAGAGCUAAUACAAUCACAAGGGUGUUAGAUGUAUGGAAUUCUACUUGUGGGUACUUUAGUCCUAUGAAUGAGUGGUUAAACUUGAAGGAUCCUGGAUCGAUAUGGAACCUCGUGUUUAGAAUAGGGUGGGGAUUAUUACGGGCUAUAUAUGUAGGCUGUGUUUUAUGUGGCUUAUUGUUGACUUCAAUUCUGAUUAGUGGGGUUUUGAUGAGGUAUUUGGUGGAGGAACCAUUGGAGAUAAAGGAAAUGUUGAACUUUGAUUAUACUAAGACUAGUCCGGUCGUACAUGUUCCGAUUGUUUCUUGUGAUGCGGUUGGUUGUGGUGCGAAAUGUACUGAGAAGAUAGUUAUUGGGAAGAAUGUUGGUUCCCGAGCCAUACCGCGUGAUCACAAAUUGCAGCUCACUGUUUCUUUGACAUUGCCAGAGUCAACUUACAACAGAAGACUUGGGAUGUUCCAGGUCAGGGUAGAUUUCCUGUCUGUUAAUGGUGACACCCUUGCCAGUUCAAGCAAUCCUUGCAUGUUGAAAUUCAGAAGUGAGCCUAUCCACCUUCUGCUGACAUUCUUCAAGCUCGCUCCUCUAGUCACUGGCUAUAUGUCGGAGACGCAGACUCUGAAUCUAAAGAUCAGAGGUUUGAAAGAAGGAAUUGUGCCUACCGGUUGCUUAAGGGUAGUACUUGAACAACGAGCUGAGUACAGACCAGGUGCUGGUAUUCCUGAAAUAUACGAUGCAUUUCUAUCGCUCGAGUCCGAACUUCCUUUCGUCAAACGAAUGAUACGGAGUUGGAAGAGAACGAUAUUCAUAUGGGUCAGCAUGACAUUGUUUACGAUGGAGUUACUGUUUACUUUAGUUUGUUGCGGAGCUUUACUCGUUCCAAGAACAAGGACAAGAGAUGGCUUUGGUAGCAGCCGGUCUACAGAGAAUAGUUGGCGAACCCACGUUUGAAGUAAGCAAAGUUCACGAUAAUAAUGUAAUGAAGGGCACCUUAUAUUUGAAGAGUCUAAUUCCAUAGGGCACCUAAACCUUAUUUUCCUACGAACUUCUCUAAUUUAUGUAUUAACGAACAUGUCUUUAUUGCAUAUUAUAUUCC